AAGUCUGUGAUCUUACAGAUAGUAACUUAAUUUUCGUGAGUUCGGUGGCUGUAGUUGAUCCCGUUAAAUAACUGUACUGGUACACAAGUGGAUAUAAAGGAUAAAGUUAAAACCGUCAACAAAUAAGUUAAAAAACUAUCGAGAAAAAUAUACUACAAGAUAAAGUGAAAUUUAAGAAGAAAUUAGUGCAAAACAACAUCGAAUUGUAGAGAUUUUCUCAAAAGCAACGCUAUCACUUUUUCAUUAAUAACUGCCAAAGUCGUGCUCUUUUACAAUACGCAAUUGAAAACAAAAAGACGAAACAGAUUUUGUUACAUCCGAUCCUAGUUAACGCACGCUUAACGGGAAUGUAAUUUGAGGCAAUUCCGAUACCUUACAUAUAUUUAUUUAUAUUUUUUAUAAUAAUUUAUAAGCUCAAGAAACUUUUAUAAUAGUUACUCCCAGAAUGCAGUAUUUACUUCCAUUGCUGUUUGUUUUGUCCACAGCUUCACAAGAGUUUCAUGUAAAAUUAGACAGUGGAGAUUUAUUACAUUAUUUUGGAACGUCACACAUUCAUCAAGUACCAGAUUACAAAUUGAUAUCACCAAGGCCAGUCACUCAGAUCUCACAAAGUUUAGAUUUAUCUAAACAGUACAUGUUAAAUGUGUUUGGAGUUGAUUAUCAUCUUUAUUUAAUACCAUAUACACAACUUAUAUCUCCAGCAUGCAUCACACAGCGAAUGAGAUUGAACAAAACCAAUUCACUGGAACCUUGUACACAAGGGGAGGAGCUUUGUCAUUACCAUGGUUACAUAAAAAAUGAAAACCAAUCAACAGCAGCAAUAAGUACAUGUGGUGGUCUUCAUGGAAUUAUCAGUUUAGCAGACCAUGAUCUAGUGAUACAACCAGUUCACGAGGACCAUUUAAAUAUAACCAGUCUUCCAUCUCAUCCUCAUGUUAUUUACAGGAGAUCUGUGAGAAAAUCAUCUUGUAAGGAGAUAACAGGACAGCAGAAUUCUAAAGAUUUAGAUGAGGGAAAUAAUUAUAUACAUAAGAGAUCGGCAAGAGAAAAAUACCCAUUACUCCGUAGACGUAAAAGGUCAGCAGGUCAAUACGUAGAGAUCAAAGCCGUUGUAGCUCCUGAUGCUGCCAAGUUUCAUGGGGCAGACACAAGAAAGUUUGUUACAACUGUAUUGAACAUAGCAGCACAGAGAUUUCAAGAUCCCAGUUUAGGAUAUGAACUUUUUAUUACAUUAGUCGAGAUACUGAUUUUAGAAGAUCAUACGUCAAGUCUGAUCAUGGACAAGGAUUCAAAUACAUUACUGAGAAACUUCUGUCAAUGGCAGCGACAGUAUCAUCCAACUGACGACUCCAAUCCAAGACAUGCAGACCAUGUUUUACUAAUCACCAGUACCGAUUUAGAAGCUAAUGGAGAUGACAUGAGUGUUGGUUUGUCAUACAUCGGAAAUAUAUGUUCUAAAGAUAACAGUUGUUCUGUAAAUGAAGACACAGGUUUAGACAUCGGACUCACUAUUGCCCAUGAAUUAGGCCACAGUUUAGGCAUGAACCAUGAUGGAAAAGCUGGUUGCCGAGAAGAUGUUAACAUUAUGUCUACCAAUGGUGCUGGUGGUCUUAAAUGGUCCAAAUGUAGUGCAAAAUCAUUAGAAGAAACAAUGAGUUCAUCUUCUAGCAGUAGCUGUUUAAAUGAUGCCCCUGCAGGUACUGCCACAAACUUCAACAACAUUAAGGAAAAACCAGGGAUGUUUUACUCAGCUAACAAGCAAUGCCAGCUCGCUUUGGCUUUUGAGGAGAGUGCAUAUUGUCACAAUCAGAUUGAUUGUCGUGUGCUAAAGUGUCGGAACAGUAACAAUGAUUGUGUUAGUUAUAGCUCACCACUGGUAGAUGGUACGGAAUGUGGAAACAGAAAGUGGUGUUUAGAUGGUGAAUGUGUUGCCAUGGGAUCAGGUUCACCUGGACCUAUCAAUGGUGGUUGGUCAUCCUGGUCAAACAAAUGGACAGUUUGUUCCAGGACAUGUGGAGGUGGUGUCAAAACAAGAACUAGAAAAUGUAACGAUCCAGAACCAAGGUAUGGAGGUAGCGAUUGCCAAGGUGAAGGAAUUAUGGCAAUGCUUUGUAAUGUGCAGACAUGCCAGACAAGUCAGUAUAAAUUAAAAGAAGAACAAUGUGCUGCCACUGACAGUGUGUCUUACAAUCAUCAAAUGUACCAUUGGUUACCAUAUGCUUCAUCAUCAGGGCUCCAUGCCUGUCAAUUGUUGUGUCGCUAUGCUGGUGGCCAUAUUGCUGUACCAAGAGGUAGUCAAGUAUACCAGGAUGGAACAGAAUGUCAAGGUCAAUCUGAGUUAGGAAGAUGUAUAGAUGGAAAGUGUGAGGAGUUUGGUUGUGAUGGACACCACAAAUCCGGCCUACAAUUUGACAAAUGUGGCAUGUGUAAUGGUAAUGGGAAUACUUGUCAGGAACACAGAGGUCAUUACAAAGAAGGAAUUGCCAAUAAAUAUGUUACAUUUGUAACUGUACCAAAAGGAGCUACAGGCAUUGUUAUCACAAAUUUAAACCAGUUCUGCCACCUUAGUGUACAAGUUAAUGGAAAAAGACUGUUCAGUCAGGAUGGAAACUCUCAAUCCAGUUCAGGAACAUAUUCAGGCAGUGAUGUUGUUGCAAAGUAUAGAAGACAAGGUCCAGAAAAGAUAGAAAUAAAUGGCCCAUUACCUGCUAAUGUUGAGGCACAGGUCUGGAGAGAUUAUGGAUCAGGCUAUGUAGGAACUAGUCCAGAUGUAACCUUUACAUACUACACGCCAUCUGGUGGUUCACGAUCGGCUUAUAAAUGGACCAAAACACCAGGAUCCUGUAGUCAGACUUGUGGCCAUGGACAUUCAAUACCAGUUGUAACUUGUGUACAUGUUAACAAUAACAAGCCAGCUGAUGAUUUCCAUUGUAAUUUAUUCAGUAAGCCUUCAGAAUCACCAGAAGCUUGUAAUGGCAAUCCUUGUCCUCCUGGUUGGUCUGUCGGUAAUUGGGAAUCUUGUUCAAGAACAUGUGGAGGUGGUAUAACUGACCGAACAGUUCAGUGUGCUGUGUUACAACAUGGAAGUCACACUCCUGUAGCUGAAAGUCACUGUAGAGGACAAAGAAAGCCGCAGACGUCCAAAUCCUGUAAUAUAACCCCUUGUCCUGGGGUAUGGAAGGCUGAAGAUUGGUCUUGUUGCUCAAAAACAUGUAGUAAAGGUGUAAAAUCAAGACAGGUCAAAUGUUAUGCAUCACAUGACUCUAGUCAGCCAAUAGAAGACAGUAAUUGUGUAGCAGAUCAGAAACCAGGAGAACAAGAAAUGUGUAUGGCCAAACCAUGUGACACAAGUCUUAGUGGAUCAUCAUGUACAGAUAAGAUAGCUGAUUGUACAGACUAUGGGUCAAACGUGUGUACUAGUAAUAACGAUUGGUCGAAAACUAAUUGUAAAGAAUACUGUGGUUUCUGUGUAAAAGAUCCUAAUAGUUUUAAGCCUUCCCAAUCAGGGAACUGUAAAGAUUCAUCAGAUUGUUCUGGAUAUGCAGACGAUCUCUGUACAGCGUAUGCUGAUUGGGCCAAAGAGAACUGUCAGAAAACUUGUAAUCUGUGCCCAGUGGAAGUUUGUUCAGAUACCAACUCAGCUGCAACGACUGUUUCUAGAAGUACUUGUACAGAUGCAAUAACUGACUGUGCUGAUUAUGGGGCCGAUGUUUGUACAGCUUACGGGGCCUGGGCAAAAGAAAAAUGUCAGAAACAUUGUGACUUUUGUAAAGAAACACAGGCCCUGCAUACAACUGCAGCACAGUCAACAGGAGCAUGUGCAGACAAGAUCUCAGAUUGUGCAGAUUAUGGGGCUGAUGUUUGUACAGCUUAUGGAGAAUGGGCAAAAACAAAUUGCCAGAAACAUUGUGACUUUUGUUUAAGUAAAAAAGAAACGACCACACUUCCAACAGUACAGGUAGAUGACCCUGUAUCGUGUACUGAUAAAGUACAAUGUUCAGAAUAUGGGGCUAGUGUGUGUACACAGUAUGCAGGAUGGUCACAUACUAAUUGUCCCAAAUUCUGCCAUUUUUGUUCCGAGGAAACAUGUAAAGACGAGUUGACAGAUUGUGCAGAUUAUGGGAAAAGUGCCUGUACAGAUUAUGGAGAUUGGGCAAAAAAGAAUUGUCAGAACUUUUGUGGUUUUUGUGGAGCCAGAAGAAAACGUUCAAUUUUGCCAACAAGAGAAGAUGAACGAAUACCUAUAGCAAUACAGGGAGGUUCUUGGCUCAAACAGGAUGUGCAAGAUGAACAUCAAACACAUUACUUAGACAAGACCCUAACAGUUAAAAAACAACCCACUGCUGAAGACAAUAAAACACAGAUCAAAGUUGCUAGAGGACAAGAAAAGGACAGGGAUUUAUCUGAGAAAUCAAACUCACUAGAACUGGGGUAUCAAAUUCCUACUAAGAUUGUUCCUGAAAAAGAACACAGGUCACAAGGCAUGGUCACACCUAGUAUUUUAAUCCCAGUAAAGAUUCAAGCUAAAAAUAUCUUGCAGGAGUCAAGAGAACAUAUGUCAGUACCAAAGAAAGUAUUCAUUAGAAAAGAAAAGCCACUUAGUUUUGACAAGCCUGAUGAAUACCAAGAAAAACUUGAUAUGAUUGAAGAAGAACUCAAACCCUAUAUUGUAACACCGAAGUCUUUGUCAAGUGAUGUGAUUACGAAAAUGGAUGAUACUAAAAAAACAGUAGAGUUAGAAUCAACACAGGAAAAUGGUAGACAAAUAGCUGAUUCCAACUUUGAACAGCAAAUGAAAGACUUUGUAGCUAAAUAUUCAACACAACUGGAUCAUGAGGAUAAAUUUAAGACGCAAGAAGCUGAUGUUACAAAAUCUAAACAAGAAAACACUAAAGAAGGAAGUCAAGCAGUUACAAAUAAAGCUUUUAUUCCAGAUAAUCAAAUGGAUUAUGAGGUGCCAAAUAUUAACCUUAAUGAUGAGUUAUAUCGAUCAUCUACCCUAGACAUCUUGUAUGUUAAAUCUACAAUCGAGCCAUAUGUGGAAAAACAAAGAAUUGAAAGAGGACAUCAUUGGAAGAAGAUCCCUGUUACACCUCUCCAGAUUGAGGUUGGAAUUGAGGCUGUUGACAGCAAUGAUGAGUUUGACGAAGAACUUCAAGUCUUGACAAAACUUGAAACCAAUAAACCAAGACAAAAUAUGUAAAGAGUGAAGAGUUCAGUAGAGGACUUCUGAAUAAUAAACUGUAAAAUAUAAUUGUUUGUUUAAAAACAAAAUAUGUGAUAUAAUUCUACAGCUUGCUUAUAUUAUUAAUUUUCAUAAGAAAGAUCUUUGUCGGUUGCUAAUCGAUCAAUAAAUUAUCAUGAUUUACAUUCAUUUAACUUGUACUUCCGUCAUUGAAAUCUCAUUUUGUAUUCGAUGUAAAAAGUGUUUCUUUCUUUCAAUUUUUAUGCCCCAUUUAUGGGCAUUAUGUUCACUGGUCUGUCCGUCCGUCCAUUCAUUUGUUCGUUUGUCCGUCUGUCCCGCUUCAGGUUACAGUUUUAGGUUGAGGUAGUUUUUGAUGAAGUUGAUGUCCAAUCAACUUGAAACUUAGUAAACAUGUUCCCUAUGAUAUGAUCUUUCUAAUUUUAAUGCCAAAAUAGAUUAUACCCUUUUUUCACGGUCCACUGAACAUAGAAAGUGUGGAUGGGACAUCCGUGUUCUAGGGACACAUUCUUGUUUUAUUUUCAUUUAACACUGAGAGGUGAAAAUUGACAAAACAGUGUUUCUUUGUGAUCAUUUAACAGUUUUCUCAUUUUAUAUAUCCGAGAAAGACAUAAAGGUUGUCAUAUUUUAAUGUCAACAUAUCGGGAAAGGUUUAUGUAUCAAGAAUUGCAAGAUUGACCUCCCUGUAGUCAUCAUAGUUAGACUGGGGAAGUUAUAUA